UUCUAUCAAUAACGAUACUUCUCACUACUUGCUGUUUAUAGUUUCUACAUUCAAGAUGUAUUUGGUUCCAUCUCUGUGUCUUUUAUCUGUGUUGAUUCACGGAGCAAAUGCUGGAUGCAGUAGAUCAGAUUGGUGGUCAAGCAUGGACAGCGAGGGGCUGUCAAAGUGUAGCGGUGGAACUGAUUUUAUCGCUGGUUUCGAUAGAAGCCCAAGAAAAAGUUGGGACGACGACGGCUUGGGGCUUUUAGAAGAGGCGGAAUGCUGCAACAGGAACUGGCCGUGGUCUAACUCUAAAACUCAGACUGUGAAUGUGGACUGGUGGAGCACGUUUGAUAGAGGCAACACUUGGGCCAAUUGUCCGGCCGGUUAUUUUCUCAACGGCUUGUACAGGAGUACAAACGGCAAUGAUUUGUUGUUUAAUAUAGAAGAAGGGCGAUGUUCGAAGCCCGCUGAUCAUCCAUCCUACUACGGACACUGUUAUGAUCAUGACAUAUCGAUUUGUUUCGAUAACGAGGGAUUGUGUAGGUGUAAUGAGGACUACUACGUGACGGGCCUGUACCGUAGUUCCUGUGAUAAGCUCUACUGUCUGGAGUUCUUACGUUGCUGCCAGACCGCCCCGGCACAAGAGGAACUCGAUGAGCUGUACAACGUCAAAACCCGCGUCAUGGACACCACAAUGGCGGACAUGGCCCUACUGGCUCAUUACCUGGGUUACGGCUGGUGCUCGGGUUGUAGAGCACCGUAUGUUGGGGAAGAUUUUAGAAGGAGCGGCGACACAUGGAACGCUGAUAAAAGUGGUCGGUGUGAAGGCUACAUGAGUGAAAACCGUCUGAACAUGUCUUAUGGGGACUGGGGGUUUGAGAUCAAGGACAUCAAAUAUGGAACUCCGGUAGUUCAAGACUUAACACCGGAAACUAUCGACUCUGGAACUAUAUAUAACAAUGACCCAACGGAUGCGACCAAGUCCAUUACAAGAUCUGAGACUAGUGUCCGCAGCGUCACCCACACGACAACAAGCUCCUGGAAAUACAGCCACGAGUUGAAUGUCCAGGUGACCUACUCGCCGCCCUCGGCUACAGGCGGGGUCGGGGGGUCAAUCGGAUACAAGUUCAACUACGAGACCAGCACAACCACAUCCGACGAAACCAAGAACGAGCAGUCGAAAACUUUCUCUGUCAGUACAUCCAAAGUAUUGAAGCCGUAUUCAGCUUCAGAAUGGAGCCUUAUCCUGUCCAAAACCAGGACCUCAGUAGCCUACACGGCGACCAUCAUAGCCAAGUUCUCCGCAGAGCUUCAAGGUUUUCUACGCUGGGGAGGCGGAGCUAGCAGCAUCGAUACCAAUUACCAUUACCAGUAUCGUGGUAGUGAAGAUCGUCCAACGUUCAACUACAGAUUCGGAGACUCCAGCACUCCUUUCUACACGGCGCUGAAAAGACAAAGCGAUACCGAUUCCCAGCCUUGGUUGUGGAACGACGUCAAAAACGCCUACCCGAAUGCGCAGACUCUCAUCAGCGACCUGUGUAAUGAGAACAGGUACGUCUUCACCAUCACCGGCAGGUUCGAUGACGUCAUCGGCAAGCACGCCGAGUUCCGCUGGGACGCGGUGCCGUUACGCAAGCGGUCAGCCGAGCGUGACGAGGAGGAACCAGACGAGAUCUUCCAGAAUUCCACUCACGUCGCCAGGCCGCUGCCCAACGAUGUCCCUCCUGUGUUACUUGAACCUCCGAAGGUCAACAUCGAGGUCAAGAACCAGGUCAAGGUUGACCAGCCAACGCCCAGUGGAUCUUAGAUGAGCUAUAAAUAG